AUGCUCUUAGUACUUAGUUUUGAUGUGGGACUCGUGGGAGUGUCUUCGACGGUCGACACGUGCUCUGACAGGUUCUGGUGGGAACUCCGAGGUUAUCUGUCAAAAUCGGCUGGAUGUGCUAAUUCGUCGAUUGGCAAAAGAUGCCGAAGAUUGGCGUUGGUGAGUCGGUCGGUAGCACUUGCUAAUUUCGACGACCGUGUAUCAAUCGGUGAUGUGUGCUGA